AUGACCAACAGCUCUCGAGGAUCUGGCAAAGCUAGCAGGGGCGGCAAGGCUGCAGGAGGAAAGGGAGGCAAGGGCAAGGGCGGGCACAACUGGUCCUCGAAGCGACCUGUCGGCGGCAAGGGCAUCUUCGUGACGACGAUGCGGGGCAAGGAGGCGCGCUGUGUGGGCGAGAUCUACGACCUGCUCGACGAGGUUGCGGACCGGCUGUACCCUCCUGAGCGGGUCAAGGCUUUGCAGGACGAACGGGAAGCACGCUUGAAGGAGAUGCGGCAGGAAGGCGCGCCGAUGGACGAGGAUGGCGAGGAGGCAGAGGGCGAAGCUUCGACGGCGACUCCUCAAGCUCAGCCUCCCGUCGACUCUGACGACGACGGUGACGACGACAUCGAGGCGAGCAUUGAGAAGGAGCUCGCAGCGCUCAAGGCGGGACGAGGCGCGAAAGGGCUGGUGAAGAAGGAGGCUGCAGACGCGAAGGGCAAGGGCAAGGCAAAGGAGCGGCCGCGCUUCCAGAGCAUUCAGACCGACACCGAGUGUUUGUGCUUCAUUGCAACGGCCUGGCCGCACGACCCCGUCGAGUUGACGGAAGCCAUCGUCUCAGAGGUCCAGGAGACGGGUCAGGCCCGCACACGCUUCGUCCAGCGCCUCACGCCAACCAGCUUCACCUGCCACUCGCUCUCGGUCGAGCAGGUCGAGAUGCAGUCGUCCCGGCUCAUCGAGCAAGUCUUUACGACCUGGGCACAAGCGCACAACACGACAAGCGUGACGUACGCCAUCGACACCUCUGUCCGGUCGCACACGGCUCCUCUCUCACGCACCUUCCUCCUCCCCCUGCUCGGCACGCAAAUCUCCAAGCUCUCCUCCGCACCCACAGUCUCCUCUCCCGUCCCUUCGCGUCCAAUCCUCUCCGUCCGCGCCGACUUGAAGAACCCCGACCUCGUCCUCCUCGCUACCGUUUUGAAGAACGUCUAUGGGCUGAGUAUCGUCGAGGGACGGUUGUGGAGGGGGAAGAAGUUCAAUUUGGCCGAGAUUGCGGCGCAGAAGAGGAAGGAUGAUGCGAGGGAGGAGGAGGAGCAGAAGAAGGCUGAGGCGGCGGCGGCAGCGGUAGCGGCCCCUGCUGAAGCGUGA